AAACUCAGUGAGUAUGCGUUUGUUACGGUGAGCGUUUUUAUCGUUUACUUGUGGACGGAACGAGGUGGGGGAAGGUGUAAACGCCUCAAAAGGUAUGCGGGUAUGCGUUUAUGAAUAAAAACGACGUAUGGUGUGGACGGGGUCUUACUAGUAAAACCAGGGAUUUGCCGGUUAAGUACCAGGUAUAUGUCUCUCUGUUACCUGGUUUUUCCUUUCUGUCAAAAACUGCGUAGCCAUCCCUAGAAAUAAAAAGUUAUUUGAGAACCAGUCCCUCUACGUUAAACCCAGACGGAGGAGAAUUUCCGGGAAUCUGGUACCUAGUACAGAAAGAGAAAACAAAGAUGGCUGAUGCAGUUCCACUUCUUGACGAGCUGAUUAAAGAAUACUUGCUGUUUCGUGGCUUUACCGCCACUUUAAAAACAUUCGAGAAUGAAAUCAAAGCGGACAAGGACAAGAGCUUUAGGGUCACCAAGAUUAUGGAUCAACUUCUAGUAUAUGUGUCAUCAUAUGAUAUAUCAUCGUUAAGGGAUUACUGGGAACAUCUGGACAAGAAAUUCUUUAAAAGGCUAGAUUACCAGCAUUAUAGUAAUGUGCGCAAACUAGAAACAUGUUUGCUGAGAUUGUACAUUGUACAUGCCUUGCAAAACUCCAAACAAGAAAAAGUGGUUGAAUUUUUUGAGAAAUACACCAUUGAACUCCAGCCUCAGAGUGAAUGGAGAGAAUGGUUUGCUAUUCCAUUUAUCAAGAAUCCAGAGCAAAACUCUACUUUUGAGAUGUACUUCCAGAAAUCAUGGCAGGAGACUUUUUACUUGUCACUUCACAACUUCCUCAUUACUCUCUUCCAUCAUUUGCCAAUGCCAACACUUCUAAAAUUUGACAAGGAAAGAGGAAUCCAGCAAAAACUAGAGGAUCAAGUCUCAAAGUUUAAAGAACAAGUAGUAAAUUUAGCAGGCCAAAUAGCUGAUCUCCAGCGUGAAAAUUCUAAACUUUCAUUGGAACUUGAAGAGAAGAUGAAAGGACAAUCAAGUAGUGGCAUAGCUCAUGAUGAGGACAUGGAUGAGUUCCUUGUCGUUCCUAAACCUGGUCCCAAGUCAGUGUUUCAGACACUCUCUGCUGGAUUUGGCAAGAAAACAAAGGAAAAGGAAAGAGAAAAAUCUUUGAAAAAAAACAAAGUACUUAGACAACAAGAAAUAAGCAACCAAACCAAACUGGCUCAACCAAAACAACAACUAAAACAACAGCAAGAAGUGCAAGAAAAGUUAUAUAACACAAUAGGUUCUAACAAUGCAUCAACACCAAGCCAAAGUAUUCCCAAAGAAAGUGAAGAUACUUGUAAAACUGGGACUAACAGUCAACACUCACCAAUUGGUAAAUCAUUGAGCUUGGACUCAGAGAUAGAACAAAAGACAUACAGUAUAAAAGAUGAUAUUGAUGCAGCACCUCUCAAAAGAGCUAGCACAAUGCCUGGAGCAUCAGCAAAUAAGACUCUCCCAAGAGAAACUAUAGUUACAGGAGGAAUAUAAAGAACACCGUUCAAGUAUAGUUCACUGCAGGUUCUCAUCUAGUGGCAGGGUUAUUGCUAGUGCUGAUGCUGAUGGUAUUGUAAAAGUAUGGAGCAACCACCCAGACAUCAAGACAUGUGCAACUAUCAUGUCUAAGUCACCUUUACUGUCCCUGGAAUGGGCUUCAAAAGCUGAACGGAUACUUCUUUUAGGAACUGGGAAUGGUAAAGUAAGGCUUUAUGAUACAGACAACAAGAAAACUAUAUGUGAUGUUGCUACGGAAUCUCUCUACCCAAGAAUUGUUUCACUGUCGUGUAGUCCAACUGGUGCUGCAUUCGUGUGUUCUGCAGCUUCUAACAAGAGACUUGGUCAAUCUACUGCCUCACAACUGCGUCUUAAUCAAGGUAAAUCAAGGCAAAGUGAGGCGUCUAGUUCAACGUUCAGUGCACAUGCUUACAGUGUAGGAGUGUUGCAGUGUUGGGAUAUGAGGAGCAUGAAGUUUGAGCGUCAAUUACCUAUCGACCCCACCCCUGUGUGUAUUAACUGCACGGCCUACAACCAUAAUGGAACGCUUCUGGUUACUGGUGGCGCUGAUGGAAUGAUACGAUUGUUUGAUAUGCGUUCAUAUGACUGUUUGAUGGGGAUGCAUGCCCACGAAAAUGAAGUAUGUGAUGUUCAGUUCAGUGUAGAUGAGACUACCAUUUACAGUAUGGGCAGUGAUGGAAAGUUUUUACAAUGGAGCGUUCAUCGAAUGGGACAAAAACUGGCAGAUCUGGACAUCCAUCAAGGUGCGGUCUUCACCAAAUCUACUUCUUCUCGUGGCAGCAGUUCGUACGGUAGACUGUUUGCUUUUGAUUCUGAAGGACAACACGUCUUAACAUGUGGAUCUCAAUCUGGGAUUAUUUACAAGAUCGAUGGACAAAAUCUCACUCAGGUCCUAACUUUACCGUACCAUAAACAGCCUGUUAUGAGCGUGGACUGGACGACAUCCCUGAGUUGUUCUACCUGUUUGACGGGUUCGGUGGACGGCUCCAUACAAAUCACCUCGUUACUAAAGCAAUAGUAUAGAAGAAGUAUUAACAAAUAUCACUUAUAUAGACUUAUGAAAUUAUUGGUUUAUAAAUAUCUUUUCUGCGUUUUUAGAUGCACAUGCAUGAAUUGAUAGCAUACAACAGCACACUAGGAUACUGAACAGAUUUUACUUCUUAUUGCCAUACUCUUUAUAUCCAUAAUCUUAUUAUUAUGAUGGAAACAUCAGUGGUGGAUCCCACCAUAGGAUGCACGUGACCACUCUUUCCAUUCAGUAUCAAAAACCUACAUAUAUUACAUGUAUAUUGGUGCAGGGAUGGUCCCUUUCACUUCAGCGAGAUUAUAUAUAAUAGCUUUAUUAUCAAUGAUAUCCGCUUAUUUCUCUAGUUCUACUUAGAUCAGUGCUGACAUUGAAAUACCUAUGAUCAUAUCUUUGUACAUACGACACACCCAUCUUUGAACACAGGAAGCUCUAACGACGUCAACGUUUAUGAAUUUCUUUAAAAAAAGAUACAAUUCCCUGAAUAGAGUCAAUGUAAUACAAAUAUUCCAAUGACAAGGAUGUAAAUGAACUAUUCAUACCAAAAUAAUAAAUAUAUAUUUUCUUAAGAAAUGAAAAAUAGAAUGC